ACACACUGCUCUCCAUAUGGCGUAAACACUCGAUGCCUGAUAGUGCAAGCAAAGCAAAGGAAAGAACCACACCCCACCUUUAAUCUCCUUCACUAAAAAACUCACUGUAUUCCUCUUUGUCUCUUAAAAAAAAAAAAUCUACUUUUCUUUUUUUUUAAUCUCUCUCUCUUUUUUGGUCUUCAACCCUACUAUAAGCUCCUUGUUUAGUGCUUGCUUCACUAGCCAAAACCACCUGCAAAACUCUCUCUUUCUCCUAUUCUCUUCUUCUUCACCAGCCUACUUGUAAUAUUUAUUUUCUCCAAAUUCACCUCUCUUUCUCAUCUUUUUAGCAAGCAAAAACUUGUAUUCUUUCUUUAAACUACCAUGGAAGGUGUUUAAGGUCAUCUGGAGGGGUUUCUUGAUCUUUUCUUGAUAUAGUCUUCUUAAGGCAUUUCCAUUUCUUGAAUUAAAGAAAAGGCUUUUUCCUUUUUCUUCUUAGCCAUAUCCUAUAGCUAGCUCUAAGCUCAUUUCAAUCUAUCAUUUUCUUUUGGGGAAGUUGUUGAGUGCUGACUCUCUUUCUUUCUCUCUCUUUCUUUGUUUUCUCUCUCUCACUUUCAAGAGAUAAAGAAAUGGAAAUGUUUAGAGAGAUAGAGUUGUUCUUUUGCUGAUACUGGUCUGCUCUCAUUGCCUGCUACUGUCUACAGUAUUACUGAAUUUUGCUCCAUUCUUUCUUUUUCUUUCUAAGUUGACCUUUGAAGUAGAAGAAAAGGAAAGAUGGACAUGUCUCUGUGUUCUAGGUAUAGUUGAUUACCCUUUUGUUUCCUCUGAGCUUUUGAUCAAAAGAUUGGCCCUCUUGUCUUCUCUCUCUAUCUUACUCAUAAAUCAACUUAACCAUAGCCCAAAACUCCUCUUAUUUCCAAUUCUUUAAGGUGGGUCAUUCUUUUCCCUUUUUUUUUUAUUAAAAUCUUUUUUUGAAAUAUCAUUUCAAGAAUUAUACAUUAUUAAUAGUUACAAUCCCUAACUAUUGAGUUGUGUUGUUUGCUUCUGGACAAAUUGACAAAAUUAAGGGGGGAAAAAGACACUCUUAACUCUAAUCAUUUGGUGUCUCUUCUAUCUAAUCUCCUAUUCUUCUCUUGUCUUGUUUCUUUCUUUUGGUCUCCAAGAAAGCUACAGACAUAAAUAUUAGCAAGAGCCAAGAAAGAUGGAGCUUUCAAGUCAUGAAGGAGAAAUACCAAUUCCAAUAAACAGUAGUUAUGGGGGAGGUCACAUGAUCCAUCAUGAUCAUCAUCAUCCCUCUACAGCCCAUAACCACAUAAUCUCUUCUUCAACUCCUCAAUUACCAUCAAAUAACAAUCAUAAUGGCCCUAAUUCCUCUAUUCCUACUCCUACCCUAGAAGUAGACCAUCAUGUUCCUUUCAAAAAAAUGGUUAGAUAUAGGGAGUGUCUUAAAAACCAUGCAGCAGCUAUGGGAGGCAAUGCAACAGAUGGGUGUGGUGAGUUUAUGCCUAGCGGUGAAGAAGGUAGCAUUGAAGCACUUACAUGUUCUGCAUGUAAUUGCCAUAGAAACUUUCAUAGGAAAGAAGUUGAAGGUGAAUCCAGUUCAUGUGAGUAUUACCAUGGCAACCCUGCACAUUUUAACAGGGUUGCAAGAAAAGUUAUUCUGGGGCACCAUAAAAAUAUUUUAGCCCCUGAAGCUUUAGGUUACCCUACAAAUGCAGGUACGUUUGUGCCCUCAAGAGCAGCAGGACCACCCCACCAGAUGAUAAUGUCUUAUAAUAUGGGUUCUAUUCCUUCAGAGUCUGAUGAACAAGAAGAUGGUGGUGGGGUAAUAAUGGGUAGAGCUCCACAAAUUGUGAAAAAAAGGUUUCGUACAAAAUUUACACAGGAACAGAAAGAGAAAAUGCACAACUUUGCAGAGAAAGUUGGAUGGAAAAUACAAAAGCAAGAAGAAGCUGUGGUGCAACAGUUCUGUCAAGAAAUUGGAGUCAAAAGAAGAGUUCUUAAGGUUUGGAUGCACAACAACAAGCAUAAUCUAGCCAAGAAGAGUUCAACUACUACUCCUACUAUUAAUAUUACUACUGCCCCCACUCCUACUACUACUUAAUUAAUUAAUUAAUUAAGAUGAUUAACUCCAAAACUUCACAAUUACUAUUAUGUCUUUCUUUUUUAAUUAUUAGUUUGUGGUUUAAUUAAUUAAUAGCAAAAAGUUUUUUCUUUUACAAUUAUUUUUUAUAUUAUUAUUAUUAUUAUUAUUAUUAUUAUUAUAUCCUUCUUUCUGAGCAUGUUUGUUUGAGUUAUCUUAAUAUUUUUAAAUAAUUUUGGAAGUGUAAUUGUAGUAGCUUAGGAAAACUAGGUGGUUGGUAGUGUUUCAUGAUCAGCUAUAUAUAAUUAAGGGUGAUUGUUAAUUA